AUGCUACAACUACUCAAGCUACCGACCAACGUCAGAUCGGAGCUAAUAGAGAAGGUUCUCAUCAAACGGUCAUUCUUUUCCGCUGCAUGCAGGCAAGCAUCUGGCCAUGAAAACCCUCUGGGACUCCCCAGAUCCGGAACUCCACCAAAUCUUGCCGCGCGCAUGAAGAGAGGUCUGCCCGAGAAGAAACCAAUUGGAAAUGUAGCCAAAGUCAUUGCAGUCAGCAGUGCAAAGGGAGGCGUCGGGAAAAGCACAAUAUCCGUCAAUCUCGCUCUUGCACUAGCUCGUCAGGGCUUGCAUACUGGCAUCCUCGACACCGACAUCUACGGGCCAAGUAUACCUACUUUGCUGAAUCUCGAGGGCUAUGAACCCGAACUUGAUGCCAAUAACCGCUUGGUGCCAUUGACGGCGUAYGGCUUGAAAACCAUGUCGAUGGGGUUCCUCGUGCCACAGGACAGUCCUGUCGCCUGGCGAGGCUUGAUGAUUCAGAAGGCGAUGAACCAAUUGCUAUUUGAGGUCUCAUGGCCCAAGCUGGACAUUCUCAUCCUGGACAUGCCACCCGGUACUGGUGACGUUCAGCUCACGAUCACGCAGAGCAUCGACUUGGCCGGCGCCGUCAUAGUGUCGACUCCGCAAGAUCUAGCUCUGCGCGAUGCCGUCCGGGGAGUGAGCAUGUUCAACAAGGUCAACGUGCCGAUUCUAGGCAUGGUCCAGAAUAUGAGCACAUUUACGUGUACCAGCUGCGGUCACAAUCAUGACAUAUUCGGCCUGGACGGCGCGAAGAGGAAGUGCGAAGAUCUUGACAUUCGCUUUCUGGGAGACAUCCCACUGCACCCCUCGAUUUGCAGCGAUGCAGAUUCUGGGAAACCAACAAUGGUCGCAAGUCCUGAUGGACCCCAGGCCACGGCGUUCGCAGCUAUUGCACAAGGACUCGCUUCGAGGCUGCGUUUGUGA